AUGGUGACUCUAUUUGAAAAUCCUCAUGAAUCGCCUUUGGCAAUGUUUUUACUACAAGUAUUUAUCACAUUGAUUGUAUGUAAAAUUCUUGCCAAGUUAUUGUCAUUCAUUCGUCAACCUCAAGUCAUUGGACAGAUCAUUGCUGGUAUUAUUUUUGGGCCGUCAAUUCUAGGUUAUGCUAAAGGUUGGACUGAGGCUAUAUGGCCAACUUCGAGCCUAAAAAUCUUUCAAUUGAUAGCCAAUUUAGGUUUAAUAUUUUUCAUGUUUUUUCUUGGAUUAGAACUUGACUUACAGCAAAUUAAAGCAAACUGGAAAGUAACUAUUCCAGUUGCGUGUGUCAGUAUAAUCUUUCCUGUGGGUAUUGGAUGUGCAGUAGCCUUGUGGUUUUAUCAGAUGAAUGAAGGAAUAGAAACGAGUAAAACAGCUUUUAUUCUGUUCAUCGCUUCUGGGUUUGGAUUUUCGGCAUUUCCUGUGUUAGCUACAUUACUAAAUUCGAUGAAUUUACUUAGUGAACCUAUUGGUGUUCAAACAAUAUCAUUAGCUGCUGUAGAAGAUAUUGUUGUUUGGGUUGUUUUGGCUGUAGCUAGUGCUUUUUCAUCGGGUGGUUCUGCCCUUCAAGGACUUUAUACAUUGUUACUAACGUUAGCUUUCAUUUUAAUCAUGUUCAUAGUUAUUCGACCGAUUUUCGGGUGGGCUCAUGGUUAUUAUCUACGUCGUGAAAAUGAUUGUAAUGUCUACAUUGUUGUUGGCUGUUUUUUAUUACUUCUUAUUGCAUCAUUUACAACAGAAGUGAUGGGUAUUCAUGCAUUUUUUGGAGCAUUCAUCGCUGGUCUAUGUAUUCCACGAAAAGGUGAAUUAGUCGAAUUUUUAUCCAUACGUAUUGAAUUGAUUAUUGUUGAAUUUUUCUUACCUCUUUACUUCGCCAAUAGUGGUUUGAAAACGAAAUUGAAUCUUUUAAAUACAGGCCGAUCAUGGUGGACAUUAUUAAUUCUUAUUAUUUUGGCUUCUGUAGCAAAAGUAAUUCCUGUGACAUUAGCAACAAAAUUAUGUACACGAAAACCAUGGAAUUAUUGUGCAUCGAUGGGAGUUUUAAUGAAUACUCGUGGCAUAGUACAAUUAGUUGUCUUGAAUAUUGGUGUUCAACUUAAAGUUAUUUCACCUGUCAUUUUUGCAAUGUUUGUUUUAAUGGCAACUGUUUUAACAUUUAUCACUUCACCUAUUUUGUAUCUUCUAUAUCAACGUAAUGCUGCUUCGAAACUUAUUGAAGAAUCAAACGCUGCCAAUGAUCUUAGUAUGACUGCACAAGGAGAAAAUAAUGUUGAAAAAGCUAAAGAGGACAUCACCGUAAUUACAGUAGCUGAAAACGGAGUUAUAUCCCCCAGUGAAUUGUCAACUGGACAAGUGAUAAUAAACACAAGAAAUGCAAGUUCGCAGAGUUUACAUAAUCACUUAGCUCAUCGUCAUAGUUCUUCAAGAAUCAUGUAUGAUGCUGAUGGAAAUCGAUGGGAAUUACGAGCCCAUGAAUCGCCAAGAAGACCAAGUCAUAUGACUCUAUUUUAA